AUGUUAGGCCCCCAGUGCUGUGAAAAUCCACCAACCCUCAACCCAUCAUGUGGAGAAGGGAGUGUACAAGAAAUUGGAGGCCUAAAAACAUAUGUAAUUGGACCCCAAGAUUCCAAGGAUGCCAUUCUUCUAAUUUCUGAUGCCUUUGGUUAUGAAGCUCCAAAAUUGAGGAAGAUCGCAGAUAAAGUUGCAGCUUCGGGGUUCUUAGUACUGGUUCCUGAUUUUUUCUAUGGUGAUCCGGCCGUUCAUCCCGAUUUUGAUAGACAGAUAUGGUUAAAGGCUCAUCCUGUGAAAAAAGGGUGUGAGGAUGCGAAGGCAUUAAUUUCUGCCUUGAAAAGCAAAGGAAUAUCUGCCGUAGGAGCUGCUGGUUUUUGUUGGGGAGGGAUGGUUGUGGCGAAAUUGGCAAAAUUUGAUUGCAUUAAGGCUGCAGUUGUGUUACAUCCUGGUCCAAUAACGGAGGAUGAAAUAAAUGAGGUGAAUUGUCCGAUUUCUAUAUUGGGAGCUGAGGUCGAUCAUUAUGCUCCACCCGAGCACGUAAAACGCUGGGGACAAAUAUUAUCAGCAAAACCCGAGAUUGAUAGCUACGUGAAGAUAUUUCCCGGUGUUGCGCAUGGAUGGACAACUCGAUACAUCGAUGACAAUGAAUUUGCCGUUAAGAGUGCUCAAGAGUCUCACUCGGACAUGCUGAACUGGUUCGUUAAACACAUCAAGUGA